UACCAUAAGAAUAAGUCUGAAACUAGCAAGGCUAGUAAUAAUAAACAAAAACCAACUAAAGAAAUGUUUCAAGCCUCAAUUUAUUUUUAUGUCAACUACUUGUGCUAGAAGCAAUAGAAUUAAAAAGAAUUCAAUAAGUAUUUUUAAAAACAAGCCAUGGAUACAGUUCCUAAAGGACUCAGAAGCUUAAGAGCUUGCUUAGGAUGUUCUUUAAUCAAGACGAUAGAUCAAUUUGAACUUGACGGCUGUGAAAACUGCAACUUAUUUCUUAGAAUUAAAAAUGACAGAGAUGCAGUCAUGCGGUGCACAAGUGGAAAUUUCGAUGGCAUGAUUGCAGUCAUGUGUCCAGAAGAUAGUUGGGUUUCAAAGUGGCAGAGAAUUAGUAAAUUUACAAAAGGCGUUUAUGCUCUUUCUGUUUCUGGAACAUUACCUAGAGAAGCAAUAAAAGAUAUGAGAAGUCAAGGAAUAACUUACAGAAAUCGAGAUACAAGUCAACGCUGAUAAUAAGAAAUUUUUAAACCAAUUACAAAGUAAUGCAUUCCAUGGAAAGGAAUGUUUUUGGCUACUCUAAAAAACAAUUUCUUUUAUGAUUUAAAUCUUUGCCGAAUAAUUUUGCAAGCAAUAAUAUUUCACGUCAAAUACUUUUGAAUUAUAACAUUACGAAUAAAUUCCAUAAUUUGUUUUUACUUUUUACUUGAUAAUCAAUAAUCUAAAAUUAUACAUUCUUUAAUUUUAAAAAUAAAAGUUUUGUACAUGUAUUGCAUUAAAAAA